AUGACUGUCACGCCCGACACUUCAACGGGUUAUGUCCAUAAUCUCACACCAAGCCAAGAAGUUAAGCUGCGAGAGCUAUGGAUCCUUCUUUUUUCCUCCGCGGCCUCAGUUCUAUCAGCCGUUUAUGAAGUCCCAUUACCGGAAGGAUCUCCUAAUAAGCUCUUCGAGGUUCUGGAUAGAAUCCACGAGCCGACGGUAGAUGCCAUUAUUGCUGCAUUGAAAGGAGAAGAAAUUGUGCCCAUGCCUUCUGAGAAGGGGGCCGUAGAAGGUCAAUCGAAUGGGGAAACAAAUGGAGCUCACAGCGAGAACAAGGAACAAAAGUCACUCGACAAGAUGGAAUCUCUCAUGAACAAAGACGCUAAGAAGAAUAUCAUGACAGAGAUAGCCACCCGCAAAGUCACGCCACAGCACUUCUCGGCGCUCUUUGCAGAACUCCGAAAGAUGGGCGUCCAUCAAUCAGAGAUCAAGUCCAUGGAAACGAUCUUAUCGAAUAUGUCUCCCGAAGAGAUGUGCUUCUCGAUCUUGAAAAUGGUCAAGCAGGAACAUCCCGACAGCUUGUUGCUUCGGUUCCUGCGCGCCCGGAAGUGGGACGUUAGCAAGGCCUUUGCUAUGAUGAUGUCCAACAUUCUUUGGAGGAAACAGAUGGCAGUAGACGACGACAUUGUGCCAAAGGGAGAGCUAUACGCUCUCAAGCAAUCUCGUGAUGACAAGCUCACUGUGAAAGAACGAAAAGAGGGUAAUGAUUUUAUCGCGCAGUUGAAAACUGGGAAGAGCUUUCUUCACGGCUUUGACCGACAGGGACGGCCCGUCAACUAUGUGCGAGUGAAGAUCCACAAACCCGGAGCCCAGAGUGAAGAAGUUUUAGAACGAUAUAUUGUGCAUGUCAUUGAGUCGACACGUUUGAUUGUGGUCCCGCCUAUUGAAACGGGGACGAUUGUAUUUGAUAUGACAGGAUUCUCUCUGUCUAAUAUGGAAUACCAACCUGUGAAGUUCAUUAUCAAAUGCUUCGAAGCAAAUUAUCCCGAGUCUCUCGGGCAGUUACUGAUUCACAACGCUCCCUGGAUUUUCUCAAGUAUCUGGAGGCUGAUCCACGGCUGGAUGGACCCUGUCGUGGCAUCCAAGGUGCACUUCACCAAAUCCGUCGCCGAUCUCGACAAAUUUAUCGCCCGAGACCAGAUCCCCCAAGAGCUCGCCGGAGACGAAAACUGGGAAUAUAAAUAUAUAGAGCCUGACAGCAAUGAAGAUGAGAUCAUGAAAGACACCUCGGCUCGCGACGCCCUGAUGUACGAGCGCAUGAUGACCGGGCUCAAGAUGCUCGCAGCGACCGCUGCCUGGAUUUCCGCGACAACGUAUUCCGGAGGCAAAGAAGACACUGCCACUGUAGAAGAGCUGAAGUCUCGACGAAAUCUUAUCAUUGAAGAUUUUCGACAAAAUUAUUGGAAAUUAGACCCUUAUGUCCGCGCCCGAGCUUUGAUUGAUCGGGAUGGGACUCUGCGGUCGGAUGGUGGAGUUGCAGUAGAAUGUCAUACUAAUGGCAAGUCCAACGGGGAGACGAAGUGA